GAUUUCAGCAACGAAACACAGACGCUCCAACCCUCCCCGCAAACUUUACAAAAUGAGUCACACGCGAAGCCUCUGUUACGCACGAAGCUCAUCAGUGGUGAAAGGUGGAGCAACAGAGGCGCCUGGCAGAAGCAGAUAUAAACUGAUGAGAACAUUGUGAAGCUCAUGAGAAGCUGAAGAGCAUGGAGAGCUGCCGAGUGUGCGUGAUAGUGUGCGUCGUGCUGCUGUCCUGCACCUCCGCCGAUGAAACUUACCUUCCGGAGGAUGAGGAGGUGAAGGUGGACAGCAGAGCUCUGAGAAACUUCUACCCCAAAGAACCUAAUUUAACCAGUCAGAAAGAACUUCUCGGGGCUCUGCAGGAAGUUUUGAAAAAGCUGCAGACUAAACGGGUCUCACUUUGGGAAAAGAAGUUCAGUCUCGUUCCCACGGUCAUCAAGGAACUCAAAAACACUUGGUGUCUGUCCUUUUGAUCCAACACCUGUGGGUUGAAGUUAUUGCCUACUGUUAACCUGUAAGUCUUAUUAUUCGAGAUCAGUGCCUGACCAGUGGACUCAAUGAAAACGAUUACUUACAGUCACACUUCAAAAUCUUGAGGCAAUUAUUGCUUGUGGAUUUAUUUCAGUUUGUCUGUAUCAUUAAGAAGGGCAUGUAAAUUAUGCACAAGGGUCUCUUGAGGGAGGCAUUAAGCCCCUUAUCAGCUUUGGGUCAUUAAAGUAGGCACAUUACAGCUGAUAUAUUGAUAUUGCUUAUCUCUCUAGGGCAGUAUAGCAAUCUUAUUGGAUGAUAGUCAGUGGUUAAAAUAUGCUUUUACUAUGGUUACUAAGUCUAUGUUU